UCAAAAUGCAUUAGUACAUCAUUCAAGGUCAUUCAUCCGAAAACGUGUCCAAAUGUCAUUCAAAACGACUUCCGGUAUUGUUGAUGACGCAAUCAGGAUGUAGGCGUUACUGUUUAGAUUAGCCGGCGAGCUAGCUUACCUGGAGCAUUACAGCAGAUGCAACUUUUGGGAUUUUUCGAGAAUGGUUUUUGCCCUUAAUUAUAUUUUAGCCUUGUUGCAUUCACAGUGUUUUUAACAGUGUAGCGGUGUGUGUUUCUGUGUGAGAGUGAGAGAGGAUGGAGGACGACCUGGUGUGCGAGUACGACUCGACCUGGGACACCGAGAGCGACGGAGACGAUUUUGGGACAGAGAACACGACGCGGCGCGCGUGUCCGGACAAAAACAAAAAAGCAAAGGCCGGCUUUUGGUCCAGUUCCUCCUCGAGAAAUCUCCGGGCAGCCAAAGACAUGCAGAACUACAGACACUGCUAUCCGAACCUCAUCGAUGAAGACUGUACGGAAGACAGGAUGCCGAAUUUAAAGUUCUAUCUAAACGAAAUAAAGUCGUCUCCUGACGACGUGUCCAUCGAGACGUUUCACAGCGAGUGGAAGUCGGACUAUAAAAGACUUGAAAGAGUUCAUUCGUACAUUCAGUGGUUGUUUCCUCUGCGUGAGCCGGGAGUGAAUUACCUGGCUACCGAGCUGACCAAGAAGGAAAUCCAGGCAUUUCGAGAGAGCGAAGAGGCAAAAAGGCGUCUGGUUGAUUCCUACGAGCUCAUGCUGGGUUUUUAUGGCAUCCAGCUGAUGGACAGAGAAACCGGCGAGGUGAGACGCGCCGAGAACUGGAGGGAACGCUUCGCUAAUCUGGAGCGGAACAUGCACAACAACCUGCGGAUCACGCGCAUCCUGAAAUGUCUGGGCGAGCUCGGCUUCGAGCGUUACCAAGCUCCGCUGGUGCACUUCUUCCUGGAGGAGACGCUGGUCAAGAAGAACCUGAGCAGCGUCAAGCGCAGCGUGCUCGACUAUUUCUUGUUCGCCGUGCGCAACAAACACAAACGCCGCGAGCUGAUCAGCUACGCCUUCCAGCACUUCGAGCCCAAAGACAAGUUCGUGUGGUGUCCGAGAAGAAUCCAGAAACGCUUCAAGAAGAAAGCGGAGGCAAAGAGGCCGGACUCGCCGAGUAGAAACAAGAGAGACGAAGAGAAACGAGAGGAAGACGAGUCGUCACGCCCCGAAGGUUCGUCGGUCGACCCAGAACCGAGAGACGGCGGUUCUUCGGUGGAUCCGUUACCUCUGGACAACGACGACCAUAACGGAAAUAUGGACCACUCGGGUAGCGAAACGAGCACCGUUAAAAGCGACGAAGAAGAAACCCCGACGAAACCGGCCGAGAACACGUCGUCUAAAUCGGAUCCGGACACGACCCAGGUCAAGGACGACGAAGAACCCAAGAACGUUUCGUCAUCUCCGAAAGGAACGAGUCUGGGACAGCAAGUCUCUGAAAGCCCCAAACACAGCUUGAAGUCCUCGCCGCGUACCGAACGUGCGGGAAAACUCGCCAGAACCAAGGAGAACUCCGUUUUCGGAAUUUCCGAUCAUUUUAAAUCUCUGGCAGACACGAGUUCCACGAGCUCGCCGGAGAAACUCGUCCCUUUGGACGCAAAAGACGUAGAGAAAACGAACGGCGUGGACACGGGUGAGCUGAUGGACGUCGAGCCCAGUGGCGAGGAUUCUUUAAAAAAAAGUCUUUGAGCGGAUUAGCAUGUAGACAGCGGACAGUGACUUUGGAAGAACGAACAC